AUGACCGUGAUGUAUGAUUCGGAUGAUCUCUGUAAUCGCUCGCCACCUUUGGUAGCGACAAAUCCCAAUUAUGGAGAGGAUGAACAGUCACCACCUCCCUUUGAGAAUGAAACUCCUGCGGGUCAGUCCCGUAAUCAACCGGAACCUCCGCGCUCAACCUAUGAAGGCGACCGAGUGCUGAUGGGCCAUCUAGCACCAAAUCAACCAUAUAUUGCGGAAAUUGCAAGGCAUUGUCCUUUGGACUCCGGAGAUGGCAAAAGGCCCACCCAGCCAGCGGAUUUUGAUACCAGGGAACUAAAGCCCAUUGUGGUUUCUAAUCUCGCUCGACCUAGAGAACCUCUGGUUUCUCAUAUCGCUCGACCUACGGAGACGGAACCUCCCAUUGAAGUUACAAAUGUGGAAGGAAAAAUUCAGUUUAAACAAGUUCUACCAUCUAUACAGCCGAUGAUAGAUGUUAAAUCGGAAUUCGUUCCAAAAAGUCGCCUUCACUCAAUAAGUGAGAUCGGCCGAAGAGCCUCACAAGAUUUCAACAAGGCAUCAUCCCCAGAACUCAAGUCUCGACUGUCACUACAACCUAUCAAAUCGCCAGAAGAAUCAUCUCUGGCAAAAUCUCCAGACACCAGCAACAAUAGUCAAACGCUGCCAUCCAUCCACAAAGCUCUCAGCGCAUUGUCAGACUUUGGCCCAUCGGUCAACACAAUGUCAUCUCCAUACCCGUUCUCCUCAUGUCCCGGAUCAACCACGUCAGGCAACGAUUCUCCAUUCGAUAGAUUCCCGGCCAAAUUCCCCGUCCCGGCAAGUCCAUACUCACAUAUCUCCCCCGUGAGCAUGAAAGACUCCUCCACCAAUCCCUCACCAGCCUCUCACUCCUCGUUCUGGCGCGGCCCCUCAGAAUUGGUCUCCGCACAAACGCCUUACGAGACCUCCUCAAUGACCGCCGCAAGUCCAGCAAUUAACUACCCUACCCCAACAGAACCAGUCGGCGUGGGCAUGGGUGAACGUGGCUCCCUCCAGAACGGCCAAGUAGGUAGCUACAAGUGCACCCACCCCGGCUGUACAGCUGCACCUUUCCAAACCCAGUAUCUACUAAACGAACCCCCUAACAUCAACACCCUCAGCUCCCACGCAAACGUCCACUCCCAAGACCGCCCUCACUUCUGUCCCGUAGACGGCUGUCCGCGCGCCCUUGGCGGAAAAGGCUUCAAGCGCAAAAAUGAAAUGAUGCGCCACGGCCUCGUCCACAACUCCCCAGGCUACGUCUGUCCCUUCUGUCCAGACCAACAACACAAAUACCCCCGCCCCGACAAUCUUCAACGACAUGUCCGCGUCCACCACGUCGACAAAAAUAAAGACGACCCCAUCCUCCGCCAAGUCCUCGCCCAGCGCCCUAUGGGCAGCGCGCGAGGCAGGAAACGGAGAAUGAAUAAUACCUAA